CAGUUUCGCGUGUAGAAACAGCGACCGUCCUUCCCCCCACCGCCGCUUUUUUUUUUUUUUUAACUUGUAGCAGAAGUGCGGAUGUGAGUUGCAUAUUGAUACGGAACAGGCCGCCAGUAUAUUUAGUUCCUUCAGCAAUGCGUGUUUAGGCAAUGAUCAUUUUUUGUAAGCUAUGAAUCCAGAGGAGCAGACUGUAACGUGGUUAAUAUCACUGGGAGUGCUCAGCUCGCCUAAAAAGAAUAUAGCAGACCCGGAGGAGUUUUUGAAAACAUCGCUGAAGGAUGGGGUUGUUCUGUGCAAGCUCACGGAGCGGCUCAUACCUGGCUUCACACCCAAGUAUUGCCAGGAUCCGAGAACUGAAGCUGACUGCAUUUCCAACAUCAGGGAGUUUUUAAGAGGAUGCUCGUCUUUGAAAGUGGAGGGGUUUGAACCAGAGUGGUUAUACUCUGGUGAGAACUUUGGAAAGGUCCUGUCCACUUUGCUGGCAGUCAACUUUGCUACACAAGACUGUGCUGCUGAGAGGUCAUGUUCGCAGUCCGGUGCCUCCUCUCCUAGUCAUUCGACAUCCUCACACACACUCUCCUCUGCCAAAUCCAAAGGAUCUCUGCGUAGACAAUCCAAAUCAGUGGAGAUGUCUGAGAACGGUGGGGGUGGGCAGAUGGUGAAGGCCCGCUUCAAUUUCAAACAGAACAAUGAGGAUGAGCUGUCGUUUAAUAAAGGUGACAUGAUCCUUGUGACGCGGCAGGAGGAGGGAGGCUGGUGGGAGGGCUCGCUCAACGGCAAAACGGGUUGGUUCCCCAGUAACUACGUCCGUGAGAUCAAACCCUGCGAGAAACCAGUGUCUCCUAAAGGAACUCAGCUGACAAAGAACUACUACAGUGUGGUGGUACAGGACAUCUUGGAACAUGAGCGGGAGUUUGUCAAAGAAUUACAAACAGUGCUAAGUUGCUACUUACGACCCCUGCAAGCCAGUGACAAGCUGAGCAGUGCAGACAGCGCCACCCUGUGUGGAAACCUGGAGGAGAUCCUUACCUUCCAGCAAAGCCUGUGUGUUUCUUUAGAGGAAUGUACUAAUGAGGAACUAGACAAAUUUAUGGAGAGCCAGGGAGCCAGUGUGCCAGGGAUCCUGACCCUGACCACAAGUCUCAGUAAGCCCUUCAUGAGGCUGGACAAGUACCCAACACUGCUGCAGGAGUUGGAGAGACAUGUGGAGGAAGCCCAUCCAGACUUUGCUGAUAUCGUAAAGGCAACAGCUGCAUUUAGGAGCCUAGUGACGCAGUGCCAGGACCUGCGGAGGCGCAAGAACCUGGAGCUCCAGAUCUUGUCAGAACCAGUGCGUGGUUGGGAGGGAGACAGCAUGAAGAGCCUGGGUCACGUGGCCUAUAUGUCCCAGGUCCAUGUGAAAAAUGGGUCCAGUGAGGAAAAAGAGGAGCGCUACCUAAUGCUUUUCCCGAAUAUAAUAGUAAUGCUCUCUGCCAGCCCCCGGAUGAGUGGCUUUAUUUAUCAGGGAAAACUGCCACUGACAGGCACAACAGUAACAAGACAUGUGGAGGAAGCAGAUGCCCACUAUGCCUUUGACAUCACAGGAAGCAUGAUCGAACGUAUUACAGUGUUCUGCAGUACUGGACAGGAAUUACAGGAAUGGCUUGAGCACCUUCAGCCCUUUACCAAAGGAGGCAGCCCUGCAGGAACCUUAAAGACAGUAGAAGGCAAGCCGCUGAGCAUGGUUGGAACCUCCACUCACCUAUCUCACCUGGGCAGCCUCAGCGCCAUUAGUCGUGGCCCCCUGGAACCACCAAAAAUCAGCAAGCCGUGGUCCCUCAGCUGUUUGCGUCCCGCACCUCCCCUCAAACCCUCUGCUGCGCUGGGAUACAAAGAGAGGAUGUCUUAUAUCAUGAAGGAUUCCAGCAAGAGCCCGCGGCCUAUGAAGAAGUUCCUGCCAGGCAACAGGAAGAAAGAAAGGAAACCCUCUGAUGAUGAGAUUCAAACAAGGAAAAGCACGGCCGCGCUGGAGGAGGAUGCCCAGAUACUGCGGGUGAUUGAGGCGUACUGCACAGGAGCCAGCCUGCACCAGACCGGCACAGCGGUGCGGAAAGAGUGCGUGCCUCAGGUGCUUCUGCCAGAUGAGGAGAAGAUCAUUGUGGAGGAGAUGAAGAGCAAUGGGCAGACAGUUAUUGAAGAAAAGAGCCUGGUUGAUGCUGUGUAUGCUUUAAAGGAUGAGGUUCAUGAACUGAAGAAGGAGAAUAAAUGGAUGAAGCAAUUUCUGGAGGAGGAGCAGAAGUCUCGCAAAGAGCUGGAGAGAGUGGUCAGAAAACUGGCCAAGCAGAAGAAUGAUUGUACUUGGGAUGACGGCGGCCACUGAACACAUCCACAUAAUCAUCCUCAUCCUAGUGUGGCUGUGUGUGUAUGGGUACAUUCAUGUAAGUGUGUGUGUGUGUGUGUGUGUAUUUGUUUAUCUGUCUAUGUUGCGUCUCCAUAUUUCAAUCACACACAGAGUUGGACUCCUUUCUGACAAUUAUACUCGGAGUUUCUUCGCUUCAAGUGCUGAAAAUUGAUUUGACAUCAUGAUCAAAUCUAAUCUGUCUUCCUGAUCCAGCCCCACUCAGCUAAACCAAGACUGAUGAAGUGGGACGCUGUAAACAUAUUGCCUCUUGGCGACUGGCACUGUGAACACACCCGAGAAAAUGGAACAAUUUUGGACAAGGAAAAGGACAAAAGUUUGCCAUCGCUUCUUAUGCUUCAGUUGGAAAUAGAAAAGGACAAUGAAGCCAUCAAGUUCAAUAGGUGUUCUCUUGCAUGCACUUCUGUCACCAAGGGGACUAUUUUCUUCUCUUCACAUCUUGUCAUUGUCAUAUUUUAUUUGUCACAAGGAACCCCCAGUCAGGAAAUAGAUUUAUUGAGCUUUCCUAAGUAUGUGUGAUUGGCAUUUUCUUACAUUCAAAACUUCAUAUCACAACUUUCCCAGCUAUUUUGUAGGUGUUCAAUCAAGUCAAACAGGUUAGCUCAUCAUGUUAUAUUCAGUUGUUUCCAAAUGCAGCCCUUGACUGUUUAUUUAAAAACUGCAUGAAUGUACAGUGUUUCUACAGUAUGCAUUUGCAUCAGAAAUGUGAUAAUCAAGAUAUUCAGAUAUAUAGUCCAAAGCUAUCAGGGAUGCAGCUGCAUAAUGAAAUAGAAAGGCUUAACUAUGUAUCAUUUAUUAUACAGAGUAUGUGAAUAAUGACAAAGAUGUCACCCCCUUCUCUUCUUACUAAAAUAUACUCAAGAAUAUUUUAACAUUGAUUACAUAGCCUUGCUUUAUUUUGGAUUUUGAAAGUUUUUUUAUUUAUUGUUCAUCAAAGCAUUUAAUUGUGGUGUUAGCCUUAUAUAUAUAAUUUGCUGCCUUUACAUUAGCCUUGUGUGGAAUUCUAUUAAACUACACUGAUGUGUAAAAGCAGAAAAAUAUCCUUGUUCUGGCCAAGGAGAAAUAGAAUUCUUUUCUAAUCAUAAAAGAGAAAAAACGACUUGAAGAAUUGUAAAGAAUUCAGAGGCCUCUAUGGCUUUCUAGCAGGAUCCUGCAGAGCUGAUGGAGCCAGUCUAAAGAAAUAAACAGAGAGCGAUUUAUUUGUUGGUGUAGAGUAGAGCUCAAGUGCCUCCCGAAGGGGUCGAUAAACUCUAGUGAGUUAAAGACCAGACUGGGACUAAAUGCAUGACUUAUAUUGAAAGUGUCACUGGUGGGUUGUUGUGCUAUUUCAACAGAAAACGGCUCCAGCUGAAUGGGUGUAUAUAUAGGGUCUGACAAAUAAACGGGGGUUUGCGUGUUAUUCAAGAUGCAACCUCUUCCCAAGGACCCGCAGCGGUACAUUUCCUCAUGAGGUUGAGUGUUCGCUGUCAGCACUGUUUUGUAAUUUGUCGCUGCAGUGGAUGUUAUUGAAAUGCAAUAAGUGACGGCUUUACUGACAGACCACUGGGUCAGUCAUUGUGGAAAAAUUGCAAUAAUAAUAAUAAUAACAUUAACCCAAUCUAUUAACCAAAACAGGCCAGGCCAUGUGCUUUAGCCGCCACAAAGUUAGGCUAUUCAUUGUAAUCCUUUUGCCUUUAUUUAAUCGACUUUUGAUAUUAAAGAUUGUUUAACCAUGUCCAGAUUUUCAUCACAAAUUAUCAAAAAUGUAAUAAUAAUGCAGUCCUGUACAAUCCCUGUUUUCUUGUGCACCUUCUCACAGGGAAGUUAGAGCAUUGUGUAGUAUACAAAGCAGAACCAGUACAUCUGCAGCACUGUAAGUGUCUUGCUCAAGGGCACUGCAGCAAGUUAAACGCUUGCUCAGGUGCUGGAGCUGAUCUUUAAUUAUUAUUUCUGGCAGCCAGAUUCCCUUCAGCGUCAGAGUCUCUGCUUCCUGUACAGAUGUGUAACUCUGUCUCAUCAUUUGUUAUAUAUUAAGAUCAACAUUGUUGCUGUCUUUGUACUUUUGAAUUUUUUUUUCAUCAAGUAUCGUAUACUGUAUUGUUCAAUUCCCUAUAGCCUUCAGUCAGCACUUACUGGUGGGAGGGGAUUGAAUUCCAGUUUCAUCUUGUUUAUCUGAAACCACAUCUCCAGACCACUGUGUGUAUUGUUUUUUUUGAAAGGUUGUUCUAUGCAAUUAUUAUUGUUGCAAGUGUUGUAAUGCUUUUUUUUCUAGACACUCUGUACUUUAUGUUUGGUAUGGUCAUUCUUUUAUUAAAAAUUUAAUAUAAUAA